CAGUCACGUUACUCUCCCCCCCCGGUGCUGGGGAUUAUGUCUAUGGUUUCGGUCUCGUCUUGUAUAGUGUCCGGGGGAUCUGCGAGCCAUGGCCGAGGCGGUGCGAACCCGGAGACCGCGGAGCAAGGCCCGGCACGACAAGGAAAAAAAGAAGCAGCAGGCUUUUGCGGAGGUAGUGUCCGAGAAGCCUUCGCUGGUGAAGAAAGACAAGGCCGUUACUUCUUCAGUCGUUGACGCCGAUUCCUCCGUCCGCGCUCCUAAAGCCAGCGAGACUCCUGAUAACUUCACAGAAAUCCAGCUUGAUGAUGAAGUGGGCGCACGGGACGUCGGGAGGAUGGACAAUUCCCCCAAGGAAGCGUCGUCCGAAGUUAUGGAGGAACCUGGCGUGCUACCAAGUAAAGAGGACACAAAAGACGUAAAAGAGGACGAGACGACGCGUUCGACGGACAAAAACGAGCAAGAAGAACAAAGAGCUAAAACAGAAGAAAGUGCUAUAAAAAACUGUGAGUUAUCCGCCGGUUUGAAUAAAUCCAUUGAGUUAUCUCUAGGUCCUUCUACUGACAAAAGGGCUGUAGAUGCGCAAGAAAUUCACCCUGCGGUCCUCUCCCUGAAGGAACUUCAGGACUCUUUGAACCCUCAACACUUUGUAGAAGCCAAGGAGAUCCUCAAAGUUCCAAGGGUGAAGCCUCUGUAUCCGGAGCUGCCGGUCGAUAUCUUUGACCAGAGACGGGACGUCGCGACCAUUAAACCCCUGUCCCAUAGCGAGCGCCUCUAUCCCGAGAUCCCACAGCAGCCGAGGCUCCUGGCGUUCACCAAGGACCAGCUGAGAAUAUUUGAGCCGUGCUCGUGGAUCGAGAACGUAGAAUCGUUUGCCGAGGAGUUCGAGAGCGUCGCCCACCAGGACAGGCACGAUUUCCACGAGCUGCUCAUGAACUACGGCCGGUGCAGGAAGCAGCUGCUGCUGGCCGAGGCCAAGCUUCAGAUCAUGAUAACGGACUGGAAGAAUAUUAAAAGCAAAAUAUGGGACUUUAAAGAGGAGCACAUGACUGUCCAGGGGCUUUGUGAAGAUCAGGCUAAAGUCGUUGGCUACCAUCAUUACCAGACAGCGGAAGUGAACGAGCCGGCGCUGGGGGACCUGAAGCGUCUUUUUGAGCUGAAAUGUGACCACUUGCACCAGACGUUCGCCCUUCACUCCUAUACGUCCGUCUUGUCCCGUCUGCAAGUGGAAUCCUACAUCUACGGAUUAGUGGAGAACUCUCCUUUCCUGAGAUCUGUGGCCAUUCACACACCGGACCACGGUUUCCAGAAGGUGGAAGGCUCGCAUUCUGAUGUAGUCCUGCUGAAGGAAUGUAUAAGUGUCCUCUUCAGUUUCACGCGAAGAACCAUCGACGACGCUCAGUUUCAGAAUGACGUCCUCCUUUGGCUUCAGAAACUGGUAUCGAUCUUAUUGAAAGUCGGUUGUCUUGGAGACCAUUUAUUCCUCCUCAAUCAUGUCCUUCGUUGUCCGGCUGGAAUCAAUAAAUGGGCCGCUCCCUUUGUUCAGGUCCGAGUCUUACAUAAUCCCGCGGGGGUCUUUCAUUUCAUGCAGCUCCUCGCGGUGCUCAUGUCUCCUGUCCGAAAUCGAGGGGACUUCUUAUGUCACAUGAAAUCAAAUGAAAAGAAAAGCGCAUCCUCUGGCCAAGAAUCUGGAAACUGGACGCUGGUGGAUGAAGGAGGAGAGGAGGAUGAGGACCCGGAGUCGAGCUGGAUGUUGCUGUCGGAGGAUGACCUCAUCGCCCUUCUCGCUCAGUUCCCUUUCCACGACCUGUUCAGAAACGUCCUCGGCUUCACCUCCAGAGGUGACUAUUUCCCAGAGAAAACGACACCCCAAGAGAUGAUGAAGAUUUUUGCCUUUGCCAAUUCGCUGGUGGACCUUCUGGCCCUCGGACUGGAGACUUUUAACAGAGCUCGGUAUCGGCAGUUCGUGAAACGCAUAGGGCGCAUUAUACGGAUGACGCUGUCCUAUGUGAGUGAUCAUUGGGCUGUGUAUCUGAGCAGUAACCGUGACUCUGAGCGGACCCCCGAGCCGUACUCUCUGCGGAAGUUGCAGGUGGAGUACGACGAGCUGUUCCUGCGUUCAGUGCUCUACGUCCUCAAAGCAAAAAGGCUGGGGAUCUGGCUGUUUAUGUCCGAGAUGCCGUACGGGACUCUCUCAAACAGCAUGCUAUGGAAACUCUUUUAUCUCAUGCACAAUGCCGAGAGCGAGAGCGCCGCGGACCUCUACCCUGCGCUCGAUGUAGCCGCCUGCAGAUCCAAACUAAACGCCCCAGAAACCCGCCAGAAGUUUGAGGAAUACCUCUCCACGAUGAACAGUUCCGAGGGGAUCUGUCUACUCACCACUUUUGCGCAGAUGGCUCAGACUAAGCAGGUGGACGCGGAUGAAGAACUGGUUAAGAGCAUCGCUCUGGAGAUCUAUGAGGUGUCCUACGUGUGCCUUUCAACCAGGGAGACGUUCUCCAAAGUGGGCCGUGAGCUUCUGGCCACCAUUACCGCUGUUCACACCGACAUCGUCUCUGUCCUCCUGGAACGUGUCCGCGACACCAUCGAGAAAGUAGGAAUGGUAUCCUUGUACCUAUUUAAAGAAUUGCCCCUCUAUCGCUGGCGCCCAAGCCCCUCCGAGAUCCGCGUGAUCCGCGAUUGGCUGAUCAGCAACAACCUCUCCGAAGUGGAAAACAAGCUGGCCUGCGUUAUACUCGAAGGCCUCAACUGGGGGUACACUGACCAGAACACUCUUCACCUCGAUGCGUCGGUUCACGUUGAAGUCGCCCUCAUGGUCCUUGAAGCGUACCAGAAGUACAUCACCGACAAGCCGUACGCGGGGCUCAUCUCGGAGAGCAUCAAACAGGUGUCUUACCUGGCCAGCAUCGUCCGAACCGGCCAGACUCCGGAAGCUUCCUUUAACCAGUGGAGCUGGGAUCUGGUCCUGAGGCUGAAGCUGCACAGGAAUGACCGCCGCGAGCAGCUGUGCGACGCCGUCCCCGAUCUCACCGAGGUGUCCAUUCUUCACCCGGCGCUGAAGGCCGUCAAGUUAGGGGUUCCUAUCGGCUGCUACAUCGCGAUCGCCGCGGCGUCCGUGGGUCACAGCGUGGACAAGUUCUGUGCCGAAGGUGUGACUCUUCUGGGAGAGCUGGUGCAGGCCAGGAAUUUACGCGCCGUGGUCCACAUCUUGGAUAAAGUUCUCCCCAUGUUCUAUCCGUGCCCCAGCUACCUCCUGAAGAAUGAGUUGUUCCUUUCCUACAUCCUGCUCUUCCUCCAGCUGGAUAGCGGCGCUCCUCAGGGCAUGACGAUGCAGAUGACGCAUAAAGUCACCCAACAUCUCACCGGAAUCAACUACGGAGAAAAUGUGAAGCUCCUAACGAACAUGGUGCAGUCCCACAUCGCUGCGAGCAACAAUCCCAACGGAGUGGGUCCCGUGGCGGUGCUGGAGUUUUGGACGCAAGUUCUCAUCAGCCAGCAGCUUUGGCACAGGGAUAAAGGCACUCUCCACCUGAUGGACCAGCUGUGUAAGGCGGCAUUCAGAUACAUGCAGGAGGAUUGCGUCCAGAAGCUGCUCUACCAGCAGCACAAGGACGCCUUGGGGUAUCACUGUGACCGCGGCAUAUUGUCUUCCUUUGUGGGGUGGAUCGUGGCUGGAAAUGUUACCCCCUCCUUCAUUGAUUCGGCUUACAACCCCUCCCAGAUCUGGUUCUCAUGGAUGGUCCUUAACACGGAGUCCUUAUUUGAAGAGGAUUCGCAGCUGCGCAGAGUGGUCGAAUGGGAGCUGGUCAGCAAUCCAUCCAUGUCUCCGGAUCAGGCUUUGAAGAAAGCCCAGCAGCAGCUGAAGUUACCCAUUGUGCCUUCGCUCCAGAGGCUAAUGAUAUACCGGUGGGCUCACCAGGCCCUCGCCACACCAGCAGACCACCCCCUCUUACCUUUCUUCUGGCAAAAGUUCUUUCUUCUCUAUCUGAACCGACCAGGACCCCAGUACGGGUUGCCGGUCGAAGGAUGCAUUGGCAAGCGUUUUUUCAGCACUCAGGCGCACGCUCACCUCCUGAAGCAGAUGAAGCGCCGUCUCAUGGAAGUGGCGGAUUUCCACCAUUCGGCCAGCAGGGCCUUGAGGGUCCUGGUCCCCAUGGACGGGUCGCCUGUCCUGUCGGACUCUGGGAGCAGCGGCAACGAAGGCAUGGCCACCCCAAACCUGCACCAAGAACUCGUCAAGUUAUUUAAUGUUUUUAUUGUGUGGCUGGAGGAUGAAAGCUUGCAGAAGGGCGAUGUGUAUAUCCCGUCGCUGCCCAAACAGUACGAUACUCACCGCCUGGCCAAGAUCAUGCAGAACGAGCAGGGUCUGUGGAUGGAGUUCAUUAACAUGGAGCGUAUCGUUUAUGAAAUUCAAGAAUCCAUAAAUGCCUGGACCCAGAUCAAGGUAGAGAUGGACACGUGUCUGCAUGCGCCGUCCGUGUCCAUGGACCUGCCCGGCUCGGUAUCAGCGAAGGAACGGAUUCUCUGUAACCUGAAGAAGCACAAUUCUCCUUGCGCUGGUAUCGCCCUGCAGCUGAUGAAAGCUCCCGUGCCAGUAAUUCCUCCCCUGUGUUACGGGAAUCUCCAGGAAGCCAUGAAGAUUGUUCACAAAGACCUUACUGUCCUGCAGCAGCAUGCCAAAUCUGCAUCCAUGCGGGAGUCGCAGCAGGUCGCUUUAGACAGUGAGAUGCUGGAUACGAUCACAAAGUUAUACAUCAACCGGGAGGAGCAAAUCGAAAUGAAGAUCGAAUGCAGAGGGAAUUUAAAUAAAUCCUGUUCCGGCCCAGCCAUCGUCACGGUCAAGUUUGAAGGAAUGCAGAUGGAUGAGACGGUCAGCCAGCAGCUCCACGUCUUGAGGCGAGAGAUGAAGCAGUUACAAGCAGACGCCACCAAACCAACUCCCAUCAACGUCAUCGAAACCGCUGUGCACCUGGAGAACUUCAUAACGGCUUUGGUGAAUGCGUACAAAGUGCAGUCUCCUCCGGAGAUCCAGAAAAUUGGGAUCGGCACCUUCUUCGCCGUAGUGGAGUUUGUGUGCGACGAGACCCAGCGGCACCCUCCGACGCGCCAGUUUUUCACCUCCUGCAUCGAGAUUUUGGGUCAGGUCUUCAUCAGCGGGACGCAGUCGGAGUGUCGGCCGAUCCUCCAUACCAUUUUGCAGAACCGGAGGCUGUGCACCUUGCUGUCUCCUUAUUUCACCCCGGCAGCCUCCCCGGGAGAGUUCGUCCUGCUGUACGAAAAGGUGGUGGAAGCCAUAAGCGAAGACAACAGCGAUGUCAUCUUUAUGCUGCUGACCAAGUUUGAUCUCAACCACUGGCUGAACUCUGCCAAGCCGUCCAUGUCGGAGCGGACCAAGUUGCUGGAGUGCGUCCACCUGGCCCUGACGCUCUGCGGCCUCGUCCCCGAAGAGGAUCUCCUGAUGCCUUUCAACAUCUUCUGCAAGCACUGGAGCUCGGUCCUGCGCUACCAGUUCCCGGACCAUUACAGCGACUGCUUGCGGCUACUGAUGCAAAGUUCCGCAGAACAGCUCUUAAGUCCUGAAUGCUGGAGGACGUCUCUGAAAGCCGUGGGGUGUUACACCCCGAGAAAACCCCCAAAUCCCCUAAAGCCUGAGUCCCCCGAUCCACUCGCCUUUCCAAGCUCUGCAAACAAAACGAUGCUAUCGGCCGAGCAGGUUCUGGAGACCAUUAAAUGGCUUUCAGACUUCUUCCACAAGCUGCGGUUGUCGAAGCCCGACUUUCAGAGCUUCGGUUUAUACUCCAAGUGGAGCGCCUACGUCCCUGAGGUGAAGAUCUUCUUGGAGUACCUGGUGAAGAGUCUCAUUGACUAUGAGCUUGCCAACCUAGCCCACGAAGCCAUGGGGAGCCACGCAAUCCAGGCAGCGCUGCAGUCUCUGCAUUCUGUGAUCACGGAGCUAUUCAAACCGUGGCUCAUGGUCCUGGAUAAGGGGGAAAACAGUAAUCAGCGGUGCUACCCUUGGCUGGAGAGCGACACUCCGCUCGCCGCCGGGAUGGUCCAGUUAUUUACUGACUGCAUUCUGACGCUGCAUCAGAAGUAUCAGGACCGGCUCUUGCCCGGGCAGCGCAGCGCCCUCUGGCUGCACCUCAUGCAUUACUGUGAGUCGUGCACGGCGCCGAAGCUGCCGGAGUACAUUCUGUACGCCUAUCACACGGAGUACUGCAAGCUGCCCUGGAAAGACAUGCACCCUGACCAGACCCUGAUGGAGGAGUUCUUCAAGGUGGAGCGAGGGAGCCCCAAGAGCUGCUUCUUGUUCUUAGGGGCCGUUUUGUGCGACGUCAACUGGCUGAGUGUCCUCUCGGACGCCUGGGGUCCUGUGCCUCGCCCUGAAACCCACCGCAUGCUAGUCUGUCUCCUGUUCAUGAUGGUCUUCCUAGCCAAGGAGGAAAAGCUUAUUAAUGAGCCGGGGUCGCCGCUCCUUAAUCUCCUGGGUCAGGCCAGCACCCUGUCUUGGCACCUCGUGGACGCCGUGUCUUACCAGAACGUGAUGGGGUAUUUCAGCAGCCACUACCCUCCCUCUGUCAUCCUGAGCGCUCACCUUGCAGACGAACUUCUCCUGAAGCUCUUAAAGGUCUCAGCCGGACUCACCUGUUUUCCAGAUAACAAUAUCUAUUCUGACGUCACCCCGAAAUGCCGGAUCUACGUUCAGCAGGUGGUGCAGUUCCUGAGCUCGCUGGAGCAGAACGGUAAAAUCGCUCUGCCCGCCAUGGAGCAGGAGAUGGCCAAGCUCCUGGACGACAUCGUCAUCUUCACUCCUCCAGACCUUGACGUCCAGAAGCGUCACAUGGCUCUGAGCAGCCUGUUCAUGGAGCUCCUGAUGGUGAUGAAUAACGCCAGCGUGACCACCGCCGAGUCCCUGCGGGGGGCUCUCGUCGGGUGGAUUGAUACCAAAGUGCAGGGCCUGUUCGUGAUGCCCUUGUUAACGGCCGCCUGUCAGAGUCUGGCGUCCAUCAGGCACAUGGCCGAGGCCACCGAAGCCUGCAUCCUGGCUUACUUCAAAGAUGAUACCCUUCACAAUCAGAACCCAGGCUGGGGGCCGAUCCUGGCGUCGCUGCAAGUACCCGAGCUCACUACGGAGGAGUUUCUGCAGGAAUGCCUGACCCUCGGCAGCUACUUAACCCUUCACGUCUAUGUCCUGCAGUGCUUGAACCGCGAGCAGACCCUCUCCAACGAGCUCCGGGUCCUGGUGAGGAUCUCCAAGUGGUUGGAGCAGGCACAGCCGAGCUCUUUGACCGAAGAGCCCAAGCUCUUUCUGUGGUGGCACAAGGCCUUGCAGCUAUCCCUGAUCCAAGUCGAGCAAAAUGACAGCGCGGUGACGGAGACCAUCAUCCGGAUCCUGCUGUCCGUGCAGAACAGGCUGGCCGUCUUGGGAGAAGAGAGGAUGGCUUCCGGAAUUCUCGGGGUCAUCGGGUUAGGAAGAAAAUCUCCUCUCUCCGCGAGGUUUCGGGUCGUCGCUCGGAGCAUGGCCGCGUUCAUUUUAGUCCAGGUCCCUGCGGAAAAUCAAAUCCGCCUUAAGGCAGGGUCGGGAUUGCACUUGUCGCCGAAGGCUCAGCAGGCAGUCGGCGUCCUGGAGUCGAUGACGUCAAGCAAGCAGUACGCCGAGUAUCAGGAAGAAAUUUCCCAGGCGUCCCAGUUCAUCCGGUACCCGGGACACUGCCUUCAAGACGGGAACACGCUGCUGGCUCUCCUCAUCAACUCUCUGUACCCAGAAGUGCAUUAUCUCAACAUCAUCAGAUAGGAGAAAAAAAACCUCAAUGUUUCUUUACUCGGCGCAGCCCUUUUUUUUCUCGCGUUCCGAUCUAUAAAUGACGGAUAAAAUAACAAGAUGCGUAACACUUGCUGUUUUUUUUUGUUUUUUUUUCUUAAAACCUCGAUGGAAGAGACUUUACGGGACCCGAACCAGCAGAGGAUA